AUGCACUCAUGCUGGCUGUAUUGCAGGGUGAACCACCUGGAGCGAGACAACAAUCAGAAGCGCAGCCUGGUGGAGAGUCAGCGCAUCAAACUGAAGGCCUUCCAGGACAACGGCAAGGCUCACGACGACGCCAUGGAAGAGCUGCAGACCAAGUUGAAAUUAACUAACGAAAGCACAGAGAAGAUGCGAAUACAGCUGGAUUCCACCAAGAAGCGUAUCCGCGUCAUCACCAGAGAGAAACGCGAUUACGAAGACAAGUUCCUGCAGGCAUCGCUCAGUCUGGAGAAGAAGGCGAAGGAGCUCAGUGCAUGUCGGGAGCGGUGUUCAGCCCUCGAGACGGCCCUGGCACAGCUGGAGGGGUUGAAUCAGCAACAGCUGCAGCGGCUGGCCAGUCAUAGUGAAGCAGCUGUCGACACAGCACAGGCGCAGGUGGCCGCUGCGCACAAGACGCUGAGUCGAUACCAGCAGUUUGUGAGGCUGUUGGCGCGAGAGCUGCUGGAGCGAGUAAAGCAGGCAAGAGUGCAGCUGCGGGAGAUAACUCUAGCCCGGGAGGAGCAGGCUAUGGACAGCGACGUGUCCCUUAAACGGGCUCGCGAGACUGCCCGCGACAUCCUCAACAUCAGCCAGUCGGACCUCGACGACAUCAUGAGCGCUGACGGCGACCACGAGACUGAGGUGGUCAAUCCAGCGGUAGAGGAAAAGAAGGACAGAAAAUGGAUGAGACGCUGCGACAAAAUGAUCACCAGCAAGGAGGACUUCGUCCAGCCGUUGAUCAGUCUAAUGCUCCAAAAGGUCGACGAAAGAGCGGACCUUAUGGUGCGCGUGACCUCCUGACCUUCUUCGCCGGUGAACAGCUGGCCGCCUUCAUCACGUGACCAGCGACACACGUCUUGUUCUCCUUGUUGAUGGGGACGACCACCAGCAGGCAGGAUAAGAUGAUGCCGCUGUGUACAUUUCGCCGUUAUUUCAUUGGCAGCUGGAGACGAGAUUCAUGAAUGCGAUCCCUUCUGAGACAUUUUUCAGAGUCUGGACAUACGAUCUUCCCCUCUCCCUCCAUCCUGCGCGACUACACGAGAGAGAGAAAGAGGAUGAGUGUGCAAGUGAGAAUUUCGUUAAUUGUACGCAGUCCCCAUCAUGAGAAGGUCGGAACGAGAAGGAUUUUCCCACAAUACGUUGUCUCCCUUUAAGGGGUUUCUACACACAAAGUGUCGUUGACAGAACUCACCUCGAAGCUGACCCUGUUUGUGUCAUACGUAAUGCAGUACGUAAUGUCGGUCAUCUGUACCACUACCAGACCAUGGAGCCCUUGUCUCACGAAGACAUAGCUGAACACCAUUUCAACAGGUCUCUUGGCUCUUGUAGUGACUCGGGUAGUUCCGUUGCUGUGUUUUGAACAAUCUUAGUUGCAUUUUAAUGCUUGUCUCCGUUCUUGACAAGGCUUUCAAUGAAAUCGGUGAGAAUGGAAUUUGUACUUUUGGUUUAGCAUAGAAAGUGUAAAUGAGAGUUACGAAUUUUGCUUUCUGAGUGUGUGAUAUUUUUUACACUGCAGUUAGAAUCAUGAAAUGAUUUUUUUUAUAUUUUGCUUCCAUUUCUUCCUUACAUUCCAUUAGGUAUGAGCAGUAGUGAUUUUAUUUAUUGUUUUGGAUGGUACAUGUACACUGAGUACUAUUUACGGUUCACAUUUAUUCUUUGAAGUUUUAAGCACAGAAUCCUAAUUACAGGUUAAAGUGCCGACGAAAAGUUUGUUUGAAGGACGUUCACAAGCUGUUUUCACCCUGAAAAUUGUUGGCACGAGAGGGCGGGAAGUAGUGAUUACUGAACCUCUUCUGAACCGGACAAAUAUAGACGAACGUUUGUGCAAAGGUUUUACGUGACUGGUUAGUUAAUAAUAGUGAUAAGAAGAAAUAUUCACAAAAUGUGUGUCCAUAUUUGUCCGGAUAAGAAAGGCCCUUAGGGAAGGCCGAAAGAGGAGGAACUCGAGCGACACACAAAAUGGAGUGAGGAGGCACAUGACAUUCCACCCCACCCCUCUUACGUCGGGUGGUCCUAGAUCGUGUCAUGUCAUGCUUCACCUGGGUUAUGAAACCGCAGAAUUACUGCUGAUCAUCACGUACAUCUUUUAAUCUGGUUAGGUAAACAUGUACACGAAAAAACAAUAGCUGCUGAUUAAGGAUGAAGUUUUUACUGUGGUUUAUUGCAAUAAAAUAUUUUCAUCUUGAA